UGGCUGACGCCGCGCCAACCCGCGUGCGUCUUGCAAUGUGAACGGCUUAGUGCCUCCGGGGAGACGGGUGUCGCGGGGGUCCCCAUAUCCCUCACGCGUGGCAGGUCGCUCGAGCAGCAUAUAAGCCAGCAUUUGUGUCGCUUAUGGGCAUAUGUCGUCAGCACCCAACAGUUAGUACACCGUCGAACCCGGCUCACACAGAUGCUCACUUCCCUCAUUGCUGCCACUGCUCUAGCCGCAUCCGUCGGCGCUGCGCCCACCGAGCGCCAGGUUUGGUGGCCCGGCCUCCCCGACGAUGCCCCGUGGUACCGCGUCACGUGUUACACGAGCUCGCGCUGCCCCCAGACCGACUCUGGGUCCGCCUACCGCCUCGACGUGAACAACACCCUCACGACUGCCUGCACCCAGCUCCCGCCCAGUAUGCGGUCGUGCCGUCUCGAGCGCUUCCCCAUCGAAGGCGGCGUCCCCGAGGAGAACGGAUGCACACUCUCGCUGUACUGGCGCCACCGUGAUGGCCAGUGCCAGAACAAGGUCAUGGACCUCAACCCUCUUGUGUGGCAGUGGGGCUGGACUUGUGGCUCCGUCUGGGGAAGCAGCAUCCAGGGCUACUCGGUUGACUGCAGCCAGCCUGCGCCGGGCGGCAUGAGCCGCUUUGCAGCCCCGGAGAUUCAGAAGGGCGAGAAUGCCGAGGCCGAGUAUGGUAUCGGCGGCCAGUAGUUAAAAUACAGUAACAGAUGGACUUGGUUCUGAAAUGACCUUUCCAGCUGAUUGAGUGGGUGUUUGAUUGAC